GUAGAGUUAAGUUAAGACUUCACUUUCAUUUCUCUCUCUCUCUCUCUACUCGAAUUGUGAUGGGAAUGACUGUAAAUUUGGAUAUGGAAUGAGGGAGGAAGAUGGUGGUCAAAUCUAAUGCAAAAUGGAUAGCUUUCUUUGUCAUCAUAUUAUCAUUUGUAUCUCUCUUUCAACACUUGUUUCUUGCUAGGUUUUCAGCUCUUAGUUUGCUUGACUAUGCAUCAUUGUCAAAAUCCGGAGAUGAUUUUCAUUCCAUUUCAAGGAAAAAGAAAAGGAAAAUUCAUAAUGGUAAAUGGGGAGAAGGGGUUAUAAAGCAUCUACAAUCUUCACAUACUAAUCUCCAGCCUCAAAGUCUAAACAUCGAUCAUGGAGACUAUGUCAAUAAUACCAACAAUGUGUUCCAUGAUGGGAAUAUAUUUCAAGAAGAUUACAAAGAAAUGAAAAAGAGCUUCAAAAUAUAUAUCUAUCCCCACAAGCAAAAUGACCCUUAUGCAAAUGCUCUCUUGCCAGUGGAUUUUGAGCCUGGGGGUAACUAUGCCAGUGAAAGUUACUUCAAGAAGCUCCUCUUUAACAGCCAGUUCAUCACCAAGAAUCCGAACGAGGCCGAUCUCUUCUUCUUGCCCUUCUCGAUUGCGCGGUUGAGACAUGACACCAGAGUUGGUGUAGGAGGCAUACAAAAUUUCAUCAGGGAUUACAUAACAAAUGUCAGUCAGAAGUACUCUUACUGGAAUAGGACAGAUGGGGGUGACCACUUCUAUGUUGCUUGUCAUUCCAUUGGAAGAUCAGCUAUGGAGAAAACAGGCGAAGCGAAAUUUAAUGUAAUUCAAGUUGUAUGCUCAUCAAGCUAUUUCCUAGCUGGGUACAUUUCUCACAAGGAUGCCUGUCUUCCUCAAAUUUGGCCAAGGAAAGGAGACCCUCCUAAUCUUCUUUCAUCCAAUAGAAAAAGGCUUGCAUUUUUCGCCGGAGGAAUAAAUUCGCCGGUUCGAGUAAAGCUUCUUCAGGUGUGGAGAAAUGACUCAGAGAUCUUUGCACACUAUGGUAGGCUUAAAACACCCUAUGCUGAUGAGCUCCUUGGGAGCAAGUUCUGUCUCCAUGUUAAAGGGUUUGAAGUAAACACAGCUCGGAUUGCGGAUUCACUCUACUAUGGUUGUGUUCCAGUUAUAAUUGCCAACCACUAUGAUCUACCUUUCACUGACAUAUUGAAUUGGAAAACCUUCUCAGUCAUUGUUCCCACUCUAGACAUUCCUUUGCUCAAAGAAGUCCUUAAAAAGAUCAGUUCUGAUGAAUAUUUGAGGUUACAAAGCAAUGUGUUGAAGGUGAGAAAACACUUCCAAUGGCAUCUUAAACCUAUUGACUAUGAUGCUUUUCACAUGGUUAUGUAUGAGCUUUGGCUUCGUCGAAGUUUCUUGAGAGUUCCUUCGAAUUAUUAAACAAUUGGAUUGAUUAUAUGUUUUCAUUUCUAGA